AUGACUCUCUCUGUACGUGGCCUAGCUGGGGCGAGUAUUGGCGCAUUGGGUGCGCUCAAUGGUUACUGGGGUCAAAAGUCGAACCACGCACUGCGAGCCUACUGUGAUGGUGGAAUCAGCUCUAUUACCCUCGGCUUCAUCAACUCGGCCCCUGAGCAUGACCCGUCCACACUCGAAUAUCCCGGUAUCAACUUUUCCUCACACUGCUGGGCAGAGGCCUUUACGGACGCGAACCACGUCGCUUCGCCUCUUUACAGCCAUUACCAGAGCCUGAAGACCGAUAUCCCAUAUUGCCAGUCCAAAGGUGUCAAGGUCAUUCUCAGUAUCGGUGGCAUGUACAGUUUCAAGAACGAUUACAGGGUCUCGUCAACAACCAAGGGCGAACAGUUUGCCGAGAAAGUGUACCAGAUCUUUGGUCCCUACAACCCGGCGGCCAAUGUCGCCCGGCCCUUCGACUCCGACAAUCAGCACGUGGCAGUUGACGGCUUCGACUUUGAUCUUGAAAUCGACCUCGAUAACAAGCCCUACAUCGCUAUGAUUAACAAGCUUCGAACCCUGGACAAGUCUCUCAUUAUCACCGCUGCCCCGCAAUGCCCCUUGUCCACGACCCCUAACGAUAUGAUGGAUAUCCUCAAGGAGACAUCUUUGGACGCGCUCUUUAUUCAGUUCUACAACAACCCCGUCUGUGACUACGUCACCGAUGGGAAAGGCGAUAAGUUCAACCUUGACGAAUGGGUCACCUUUAUGGCGAAGAGCAGAAAGAGCCAAACUGCGAAGCUCUAUGUCGGCCUUCCUGGCGGCCCGACGUCGGACUCCGCUACUUCUGGUUACAUAACGCCUGACCAAGUUAAGGACCUGGUGUGCAAGUACAGCACCAGAACGCCGCACUGGGGUGGUAUCUCAAUUUGGGAUCUGGACACUGCCGCCGCCAAUAUCAUCGGGGGCAAGGACUACAGCCAGCACGUUGCCGAAGCUCUCAAGUACGGCUGCGGACCUGUUCCCACGACCACCAGCACGACCGUCUCGUCUACCAAGACUUCGUCUAGCUCGACUACCAAGGGUAGCUCGACGACAGCCAGCAGCUCCACUACGCCUAGCUCGACCACCAGCAGCACCUCCAAGGUUAGCUCGACCGCCAUCAGCACUUCUCUGGCCAGCUCCACCAUUGUUAGCAGCGCCACCGAGUCCAGCUCUAGCAGCUCUACCAAGGCCACCUCCAGCACCGCCAAGGCCACCCCCGUCAUCACCGCGGACGUUACCACUUCUCCUUCCGUCCCGACCUCCACGCCGGUGACCAGCAUCGUGUCCAGCACGACCAAGUGGUCCAAUUCGACCAUCACCUCGGGCACUGUCUCCAAGACGAUGAGCACGGUCUACACCACGUCGGUGCACACCGUGACCAAGUGCCUUCCCUACGUGACCAACUGCCCCACUGGCGGCUAUGUCACGACUGAGACGAUCCCGCUCUACACCACCGUCUGCCCCAUCACGGAGACGCCCAAGCUUCCCAAGCCGUCUCAGACCAUGACCUCGGCGGCGUGGACCACGAGCACCGUCUACACCACCAAGGUCCACACCGUCACGGCCUGCCCGCCUCAGGUCACCAACUGCCCCGUCGGCCGUGUCACCACCGAGACCAUCCCGUGGUACACGACUGUCUGCCCCGUCACGGAGAUGGAGACAGGCAAGGUGCCGCAGCCCACUCCCAGCGUGCCCGGUGGCGUCAACCCGCCCUCGGUGGAAAGCACCUCCACCACGUCCACCAUCAUCGAGACGGUCACCAUUUCCGCCAAUCAGCCCACCGGCGUGACGCCCAAGCCGAGCUGCUCCGGCCCCGGCUGCCCCGACGUCUCAUCUGGCGUGGCGUUGCCCACACUGAGCUGGGCCACCGCCGCAGUUGCCCUCACCACCCCCGGCGGCCCCUCGGCCGUGGCCAGCAACCCCGUUCAAGCCGGCGCCUCCACACUGGCCAUCAGCCUGAGCGGACUGGUCACCAUGGUCGCAUUCCAGGUGUUUGCUCUGUAA